UCCUCAUCCCUGUGUUAAAUUUCAUAAUAAUUAUUAUUAUAUAUAUAGCAACAAGGCACUGAGAAAAAAACACCAGUCAACCUGCUAACUCAUCAGUAUUCAUAUUCAAUUAUUCAGAGAUCCCAAACUAGCUCACAAAGCUGUACCAAACACAAAGAUGGCACCGCUUCAUGGGAAGUUCAAAACCUUCAAGAACAGUAGAUGGCUUGUGUUUGUGUGUGCAAUGUGGAUUCAGUCCUUUGCAGGAAUUGGGUACUUGUUUGGGAGCAUUUCUCCUGUGAUAAAGAGCACCAUGGGGUACACCCAGAGGCAGGUGGCAAUUCUGGGAGUGGCCAAGGACUUAGGUGAUGCUAUUGGAUUUAUUGCCAGAUACUUAUCCGAGAUUAUACCCAGUUGGGGACUUUUGGCCAUUGGAACAGUGAUCAAUUGUCUUGGAUAUGGAUUGCUUUGGCUUAUUGUCUCACAAAAGAUUGUUGCUUUGCCUUUGUGGGUGCUUUGCAUUGCUAUAUAUGUGGGAACGAACGGAGAGACCUUCUUCAACACAGCGGCUUUGAUUUUGUGUGUGCAGAACUUUCCCAAAAGCCGGGGACCUGUUGUGUACGCUGGUUUAAGUGGUGCAAUAAUAUCUCAGAUUUAUGCAAUGUUCAAUGCCCCAAGCAAUGCAUCGUUGAUUUUUAUGAUUGCAGUUGGUCCAUCAAUGGUUGUUAUUGCUCUGAUGUUCAUUGUUAGGCCUGUGGGGGGUCACAGACAAGUCAGACCAGGUGACAAUGCAGGAUUCACGUUUACAUAUAGUGUUUUGCCUUGUUCUGGCAGCUUAUUUGUUGGGAGUUAUAAUAGUUGA